CGCACAUUACACACAUAAACCGAGGCGGAAGGCCACAGAAAGAACAAUUAAUUCGCCGACAUAAAUUGAUGUCAAGCUUCAACUAUUCGAUAUGCGCACUUCUCAUAUCAUAAAUAUAAUCGGCAUUCUUUUUUUCCUGACCUGGGGAAGAGUAUUAGCAGACGAACAAAUAUCCGAUUAUAUACGAAAAUGUUGCAUAAUUGGACUGAGAAAUGCACGCACCACAAAUGAAUGCGAAAAAAUGGAAUCGGCCGUAGCCAACAUAUCCAGACUCUGGAUUGGAUUGUGCUCCUCGACAAUUGGCGUCUGCUGUUCCAGAGAACUCGAUCGUCAACAUUGUGAGCUGGGUCGCCUGGCUGCCUUAGAAGGCACUUCUUGUGAUAAUGGCUCGUCGACUACAUAUAAAAAUUGCUGCCGAGCCUGUCAAGUUGGCUUGGCAGUUAAGGCUAGCCAGCAAAAAUGCAGGGACCCCUUGUUUUCAUUUCUUUCGAAUAUAGAUUCAUAUCGGAUUUGCUGCUCCGAGGAUGGUUUUGCCAAUCAAUCGGAUGAAAAGGAGAAUACACUUGACAUAGAUGCCCAUCAUGCUGAGCCAGAAGAAGAAGAUGCCAAGCCGGAUGACGAGGAUCAGGAUGGAACUAUUGUCCUGGCUGAUGAUGAUGAUAUUUGUGGAAAAAUUCCAAAUCUUUGCGCGCAUAUUUGUGAAAAUACAUUUGAUGCCUACAAAUGCAGCUGUAAUCCCGGCUACACUUUGGACGAUAACAAUGUUACUUGUUCCGAGAACAAAGAUCAUCUAUGUCCCGGCGGAUAUAUUUUGGAUGCUAAACAAGGCAAAUGCGUCGAUAUCGAUGAAUGCAAGGAGCAACUGCAUGAGUGCAAAUCAACUCAAUAUUGCCACAAUACUAUCGGUGGAUAUCAUUGCCUAAAUGUCAAGGCAAAGAGCUGUCCCCCAGGAUAUCUGUACAAUAUCAAGUCGGAGGAAUGUGAAGAUGAAGACGAGUGCAUUCAGUCGCCAUGCGAAAAGGGAUAUAAAUGCAGCAAUUAUCGCGGCGGAUAUGACUGUAAUCCGGUAGAUAGCCAGGCUUGUGGGACUGGCUUUUACCUAAAUGAGGGAAGCUGCGCAGAUAUUGAUGAGUGCAAUUAUAAUGCGACAAACUCUUGCAAGACUGAAAUGCACCAGGAGUGCAAAAACACUGUAGGCAGUUAUCACUGUGACUGCCUGCCCGGCUACAGCCUGGAUGUGACACAAAAUGAAUGCGUGGAUAUUAAUGAGUGCUCGAUUAACAAUCACAACUGCCUGUCAACUCAAAGAUGUGAUAACACGAUCGGUUCAUAUAUAUGCACGCGCUGGACAUCGUGCGGCACGGGAUAUACAUUGAACGCCGAGACUGGAAAUUGCGAUGAUGACGAUGAAUGCGCGCUUAACACACACAAUUGUCCAUUGAACUAUGAUUGCUACAACACCAAAGGAUCCUUUCGGUGCCACAGGAAAACUACGACUACGACAUCCACCACAACGACGACCACGACCCCGUUGCCAGCUACAUCAACAACGCCCGCACCAGGGCGAGAUAUGAAUCCACAAUUUGUUUCGCAACAGGCUUACAAUCGUUUGGAUUAUGCUCCCAGUUAUUUGACUAAUUAUGGAUCGAUAGCUCAACGGCCCUGUACCUCCGGAUUUCACAGAAACAGUUUGGGUGCCUGUGUCGACAUAAACGAGUGCAUCGAGUACAAGCCAUGUAUGAACCAUGAGCGCUGCAUCAACACAAAUGGCUCGUACCGCUGCGAAAGCCUAAUACAAUGCCCCGCCGGACUAAGGUCAACCUCCGAUGGAACCUCUUGCGUUGAUAUCAAUGAGUGCGAGACAGGCGAUCACAACUGUGGCGAAAAGCAAAUAUGUCGCAAUCGCCAUGGUGGAUAUAUCUGCGCCUGUCCACCUGGCCAUCAGGUGACACGUCUGCCGGAUGGUGUCAAUAGUUGCGAGGACAUCAACGAGUGUGCACAGGAUCAGCCCGUUUGCUCCUCGAAUGCCCACUGUUUUAAUACAAUUGGUUCUUACUAUUGCGAAUGCAAAUCAGGAUUCCAAAAGAAGCCUCUCAAUGGCCCCGAUCAGGACAAUUGGCAAACCCAUUCGCAGUGCUUCGAUGUCGAUGAAUGUCAGUCCAUACCGGGGCUCUGCCAGCAGAAAUGUGUUAACUUUUGGGGCGGCUAUCGCUGCACUUGCAACUCAGGCUAUGAACUCAGCCAGGACAAUCGCACCUGCAACGAUAUCGAUGAAUGCGAAGUGCAUAAGGAUUAUAAGCUAUGCAUGGGCUAUUGCAUCAACACGGCCGGAUCCUACCAAUGCUCCUGUCCCCGCGGCUACACUUUGGCGGCUGACAAGAACACCUGUCGGGAUAUUGACGAAUGUGAAACAAAAAGCGAGAAUCAUGUGUGCACUGGCCGGAAUGACAUAUGCACCAACAUUCGAGGCAGCUUUAAAUGCACCACCAUCAACUGUCCCAAUGGCUAUAUAAACGAUCAGGAUCAAAAAAACCGAUGCCGACAAACUAAUAACUUUUGUGAGGGAGAUGAAUGUUACACAAAACCAUCAGCAUACACGUACAAUUUUAUAACAUUUGUGUCGAAAUUAAUGAUUCCACCAGAUGGUCGCACAAUAUUUACACUACGAGGACCCAUUUGGUAUGACGACAUUGAUUUCGAUUUGAAUGUUGUUCGAGUUCAAGCGGCCCCCAAUGUUGAAAGAGCUUCGGAGAUUUAUUUUGACACAUUGAAGAGCAACAACCAGGUUAAUCUUAUAUUAAAAAAGGCACUGGAGGGACCCCAAGAUGUUGAGCUUGAUCUGAGUAUGACGGUGUUUACAAAUGGAAUGCCUCGCGGGAAAAGCGUUGCCAAAUUGUUCCUGUUUGUGUCUCAAUAUACAUACUAAAGUUAAUUAUGUUACAUUU